GCCACGGAGAAGUGAGUCGAGAUGGCUCAAGUACGGCACGAUUAGCAGUUAAAACUGAGGUGCUCACCACGUGCUAAACGUGUGGCUGUGACAUGGCUUCAUUCCAGGGAUGAGGGAACAGAUUUUAGAGAUGUUAAGUCAUUAUUAGCCCAAAGCACCGCGCUAACGAGCGGCGGGGCUGGGACUGUUUGAAUCAAAAGGCCAAGCCGCUCAGUGACCUCUAUACUCCGCCUGAGAAGAACUUCAGAGGAGGAAGAUCCGGGUGGGGCCCCGGUCCCCUCCCCGCCAACCCGCCCGGCUUCCCCGCUGCGGUGCGCCCACUGAGUUAACUUAUGCGCCAAGCUUCUGGACACCGACCUAUCUGCGUAAAUGACAUGCAAACGCACGUAAAUGUACUUUCCACCUUUGCUGGAAAUUCAGAUUACGUCUAUGGGGAACCAGCGGACAGAUCCCAGUUAUCCCAGUUCCGAUGCCACGGUCUGCCGCCUCGGCGCGAGGGAGGAAGCGGCUCCGGAUGGAGAGUGAAGUGACAAUCGGACAAGGAAAAGCAGCCUUUCCUCCCGGGGGAGCAGAGGCGGCCGGCCGGGCAGAGGGAACCUGCAGAGGGCGGUUUCUCUCCUCUUUUCCUGUCCCACCCAGUCGGCCGGUCCCUCCACCCCCACUCUCGGCCGGCCUCCGCAGCUCGCUCCGCGCGUCCGCCCGCCGCUUCCUCCCGCUCCGCGUCCCCCGGCGGCUCUCCGCGGCUCUCCGCCGUUCCCGCCCCGGCCGGUUCAAAAGGCCGCGCGGAGUGGCGCCGCGCCCUCCCCCGGCCGCCGGUCUGACUGAUCUGCCUCUCCCUGGUGCCCAUCCAUUUGCUGCAAUGACUAGUCUACUAACCACACCUUCUCCAAGAGAAGAGCUGAUGACCACCCCGUUUCUACAGGCCACUGAAGCCCUGUCCUCAGAAGCAAGCACAGCCCUCAUUGCAGUUGUCAUCACCGUGGUCUUCCUCACCCUGCUCUCGGUCGUGGUCUUGAUCUUCUUUUACCUGUACAAGAACAAAGGCAGCUACGUCACCUACGAACCUGCAGAAGGCGAGCCCAGCACCAUCCUCCAAAUGGAGAGUGAUUCAGCCAAGGGCAGGGACAAGGAGGAAUAUUUCAUCUAAUGAUUCCCAGGCCCCCAAGGAGCUUAUCCAGGCUCCAGAGCUAACACACUCUUUAAUUUAUUAGGUGAAAGUUUUAUCUGAAACCAGUGAGAAGCAUUGAUUGUUAUGGGCAAACCUGAGCUCCUUCUAGGACACAGGCCCAAAUGCCAACAUCACUGAUGCCAGGGACACAGAGAAAGCCGUUGUUGAUGUCUUUAGCCAGACCUUUGUAUUAUAGCUAGUUUUGGUGGCUGCCCAGCAAGGUGGAGUGACGCCAGGCCACAUGAGUACGUGCCUGUUCAUCUUCACCUUUUUCAAGGUCAAAGGGCAGGAGCAUUAGGGUCUCUGGCUGCUCCUCUGUCCCCUACCUGGUCUACUAGUGACAGCUUGAACAAAGAUAGUGUCGGUAGAAGUUCUUCCCAGGUGCUAGAUACCAUGGUAAUAGGCUGAGCAGGAAGGGACAGGAGACUGGGGAGACCUCACCCCCUGAUGAACGUGCUCCAUCUCCUAAUCUGAGCCUGGCCUUUCUGUCUUCCCGAAUAGCCUUGUACUGAUGCUAUUUUUAUCACAAUUAAAAAUGUUCAUUGAUACAGAAAUCUGA